AUGAUUUUCUUUCUUCCUGUCUUUCUUCCUUCUUUUCUGCUUUUCUUUCUUUCUUUCUUUCUUUCUUUUCUUUCUUUCUGUUCGCCUGUUAUUCUUAAAUUAUUCAUUUUGUUAACAUUUUCGUUCUGCCUCUAUUCCUUACUUCCUUCCUUUUUUCUUUCUUUCUUUCUUUCUUUUGUGCUAUUGCUUCUUUAUUUUAUUAAAAUUUUCUUUCUUUCCUUUUUUCUUUUUUUCUUUCUUUCUUUCCUUCCUUUGUGUCUGCUGCUUUUCUUAACUAAUUGUUUUUCUUCUUUCUUUUAUUACAUUUCUUUCUUUCUUUUUUCUUUCUUUCUUUCUUUCUUUCUUUUUCUUUCUUACUUUCUUUCUUUCUUUUGUGCUUGUCCUAAAUCAUUGCUUCAUUACUUUAUUAAAAUUUUCUUUCUUUCUUUCGUUCAUUCUUUUAUCUUUCUUUCUUUUUUCUUUCGUUCUUUCUUUUGUAUCUCUUUUUCCAAAUUCUUUCUUUCUUUCCUUUGUACCUGUUACUUUUCUUUCAUUACUUUUUCUUCUUUCUUUUCUUUCUUUCUUUCUUUCUUUCUUUCUUUCUUUCUUUCUUUCUUUCUUUCUUUCAUUUCUUCUUUCUUCCUCUUUCCUUCUGUCUACGUUUCUUUUAUGCUUGUCCUAAAUCAUUGCUUCUUUAUUUUAUUAAAAUUUUCUUUUGCUUCUUUCUUUCUUUCUUUCUUUUUUUUCUUUCUUUCUUUCUUUCAGUUUUCUCUCUUUCUUUUCUCUUUUUUCCUUCUGUCUUCGUUUUUUUUUAUGCUUGUCCUAAAUCAUUGCUUCUUUAUUUUAUUAAAAUUUUCUUUGCUUCUUUCUUUCUUUCUUUCUUUCUUUCUUUCUUUCUUUCUUUCAGUUUUCUCUCUUUCUUCCUCUCUUUCCUUCUGUCUACGUUUCUUUUAUGCUUGUCCUAAAUCAUUGCUUCUUUAUUUUAUUAAAAUUUUCUUUGCUUCUUUCUUUCUUUCUUUCUUUCUUUCUUUCUUUCUUUCAGUUUUCUCUCUUUCUUCCUCUCUUUCCUUCUUUUUCUCUCUUUCUUCCUCUCUUUCCUUCUGUCUACGUUUCUUUUAUGCUUGUCCUAAAUCAUUGCUUCUUUAUUUUAUUAAAAUUUUCUUUGUUUGUUUCUUUCUUUCUUUUGUAUCUCUUUCCCAAAUUCUUUCUUUCUUUCCUUUGUGCCUUUUACUUUUCUUAAGUUUCUUCUUCUUUCUUUUAUUAUUUUUUUUCUUUCUUUCUUUUUCUUUCUUUCUUUCUUUCUUUCUUUUCCCAUAA